AUGUACAAAGUAAACAUACUUGAUGUAUGGAGUAAACAUACUCAAUGUAAGAAAGAAACAUACUCAAUGUAUGGAGUAAACAUACUCAAUGUAAGAAAGAAACAUACUCAAUGUAAGAAUCCUAAAAAGAAUAAAAAGAGUAAAUUAUUAUCGAUAGAAUGUUAUUUUAGUUUUAGUAAGGUUAUAAAUGAAAGAUUGUCAAAUAGAUUGCACGAUCUGAUAAACUUUGUGCCAGAGGAUAGAUUAUUAGUUGAAUCUGAUUUCCAUUCACCAGUAGGUUUAGAUUAUUUAAUGCAAGACAUUAUUCAACUAAUUAGCAAAGUAAAAGAUUGGUCAUGUGAUUUUACAAUUAAUAAAUUAAAAGAUAAUUUUCUAAAUUUUAUUAAUAACUAUAACAAUAAAGAUAAAGAAUACGUUAAUCUAUUAAAAGUUUUACAAAAUAUAGCGAAAGAAAAGUUGACAUUUGUAUCAUUUGAGGAAGAGAUACUGGAAGCCAAUCUCACAAAAGCUUUAGGCACUUUUAUGGGUAUUUCAUCACCAUUUGAAAAUGUUGCAUUGACAGUGUUUGGUGUUAUUUCACUUUCAGAUUCAGUGAAUGGGAAGACAGAGCUUUCUGAUCUUUCUCUUAGGUUUAACUUGGAAAAUAAUUUUAAGACUUUGUGA